AUGGAGACCGGAGUGAGGUCCCAGCAGGGCGAGCAGCUCCUCCACCCGCUCUCGGACCCCGGGGCCGCCGGGAUCUGCCCCGAGAUGCUGGAGGUGGCGGAGGAGGCAAACCGGGCCGGAGACUACAACCUGGCGGUGGAGAUCUACAGCUCCCAGAUGGCCGACCUCCAGCACCCGGACCGGGGCCUGUGUCUGCGGAGGGCCGACUCCCUGGCCCGCGCCGGGCGGAUAUCGGAGGCCCUGGACUCCUACUGCAUCGCGGCCAGCCUGGGGAAGCUCCUCCCGGAGGAGCUGCCCCUCCUGGUGGAGACCAUCACCCGGACCCUCCGCGAGAAGGAGCUGGGGAUCGCCUCCACCUCCACCUCCACCUCGACCGGCCACGGAAAGAGCAGCGGCAACGGGGAUGAUGGGGGCCAGGAGGAGGAGGAAUUCGAGGAGGAUGGAGCCCUGGACCUGUUCUCCUGCCCCAUGUGCAAAUGCCUGCUCCACGACCCCACCACCGUGGAGUGCGGACACACUUUCUGCAAGCGCUGCCUGGAGGAGGACUCCCUCCCGGAUUGUGUGCAGUGCAAGGACAAACUGAGCAAGAUUGAGAAGCUGCCCAACGGCCGGAAAGUUAACGUUGUCAUCAGUGGCCUUGUGGACAAACUUUUCGCCACGGAGAGCAAAGCCCGGAGGCUCUGGAUCGAGGGGGAGACUCUUUGGAAAACACAGAACCUGUCGGAUGCUUUGGAGAAGUACGACGCCGCGGUGGCUUUGGCGCCCUCUGCUGGCCGGCUGCUGUGCCAGCGGGCCGAGCUGCACAUGGAGAUGAGGAACUUCAGCCAGGCGGCGCUGGACGCCAACGUCCUCUGUGGCCUUAAACCUCUCUGGACAAAGGCUCACUGUCUGAAGGCCACAGCUCUGAGUAAAGCUGGCCGGAACGACGAGGCUCUGCAGGAGUACCUCCUGUGUGUGGCGCUAAAGCCCGGCUGGACCAAAGUGAAGCUGGAGACCCAGAAGAACGAGGACCUCCGCACGCCGCUGCACCCCCUGCAGGGGGGGCACGCCGCCCGCCUCAUCAAACCCCCCGUGCUGCUCAGGUCCCUGAGGCCGCUGGCCCAGAAGCCCGGCUGCUCCUCACAGGACUCUAAAAGUGCCCCAGCAGACGAGGGCUCCUCCAGGGCCUCGGCCCCGACCCCCGGUCAGUCCCACUCUGCCGGGGAGGGCAGCUCCAAGAGUCUGGCCGACGUUCUAGCUUCUCUGCCGGCGCCCCCCGGAGGCCUCAAGAGGAAGCACAGCGGCGACGGACCCUUCAACCCUCCCUCCAAACUCCCCAGACCCGAUGAGAACGCCCCCCGGACGGCGGCGGCCUGCGGCGGGCGGCUGUUUCCCGCCGAGCUGCUGGACAGCGGAGACCUGGAGUGCUCGCUCUGCAUGAGGUUGUUCUACGAGCCCGUGGCCACGCCCUGUGGACACACCUUCUGCCUCAAGUGUCUGGAGCGCUGCAUGGACCACAACCCCAACUGCCCCCUGUGCAAGGAGAACCUGUCUGAGUAUCUCGCGACCAGAGGUUACAAUAAGACCCUUCUGAUGGAGGAGGUCCUGCUGCGUUACCUUGGCGACGAGCUGGCGGAGCGGAAGAAAAUCCACGAGGAGGAGAUGAACGAGCUUUCCAACCUGAACCAGGAAGUGCCCAUCUUCGUGUGCACCAUGGCCUUCCCCACCAUCCCCUGCCCGCUGCACGUCUUCGAGCCGCGCUACCGCCUCAUGAUCCGCCGCUCCAUGGAGACGGGAACCAAGCAGUUCGGCAUGUGCAUCGCCGACGAGCUCAAGGGCUUCGCCGACUACGGCUGCAUGCUGCAGGUGGGUGGGGGCAGCGUCGGCUUCCUAAACGGCUGA